UUUUGAUAGUUGACAGAUGAUGGGGAAUAUUUUGAAAUUUCAUAAAAUUAAGGAAAAUCAAAACUCAAUAGUCUGUAUAUAAUUACCGACUGUAAAUUGUGAUUACAAAUUAGAAAGAUUAAGGUCUAAGACAACUCACCGUAAAAACGUAUCCAUCCAGGGCAUGUUGUGUUCCUCAGUUACCAAGCGAUGAGAUAAUUACUGUUGAUGAGCGACUCUCGCUCUGCUUGGAGAUCUCAGAUUCAUCAUGACGCGAGCCGGACCGCCUAGUGAAAAUCUUCCGACUAUUUAGAUUGUCAGAUGACUAUAUUCAGGGACAGUGAUAGUGUAAAGUUAGUUGUUGUUGGCGAUGGUGGUGUUGGCAAGAGUGCAAUCACAAUUCAAUUCUUUCAAAAACUAUUUGUAACAGACUAUGAUCCCACCAUUGAGGAUUCAUAUAUACAACAUACGGAGGUGGAUGGACAGUGGUGCAUACUUGAUGUACUGGACACAGCUGGUCAAGAAGAGUUUAGUGCUAUGCGGGAACAGUAUAUGAGAAAAGGAGAUGGUUUCCUGCUGGUAUAUUCUGUGACUGACAAGCAGAGCUUUGAAAACAUCCGUCAUUUCCAUACCCAGAUCCUCAGAGUUAAGGACAGGGAGACAUAUCCAAUGCUCAUUGCUGCAAAUAAGGUGGAUUUAGUCCAUUCGCGUGUAGUGAGCGAAGAGGCAGGUCGCGAUAUGGCAAGACAUCUCAACGCGCCCUACAUCGAAACCAGCGCUAAAGAGCCGCCACUUAACAUUGAUGCUGCAUUCCAUGAGCUCGUCCGUAUCAUCCGGAACCAUCCGCAGCAGGAGGAGAAACAACGUCGCCGAAGGAAGUUUUUUACUAAAUGCCAAAUACUUUAGUCUAUACAUACCUGUCUUAAGACAAGAACCAAAGAUACCAUGAAAUUAUUUAUUUGAAAUGAAUAUGAUUGUCCUAAAACAUGUUCCAAAUGCGAUAUGUAUUGCUAUUUGCUGUUAAAGUGAAUAUUCUUUAUUUUAGCCAUACAUUUAUCAAAUUAUAGUCGAAACAACGUGGAAGAUUAUUUCAAUGACUUAAGUGUAACUUACAGUAUUGACUAUUGAUUUCUAUGUAUAAAGAUUUAUAUCCAAAGAAUAUAUGCUAAAGAAAAGUUAUUGUGGCUUGUUAAAUGUUAUAUAUUUUCUAUUCAACUUAACAUAACUGUUAAGCCACAGAGGCGCCUCGAACACUCGCUCAUAGAAUAUAUUAGAUCUGAUAAUGUAAAAGUGCUUAAAACAUAAACUAUAUUUUCAUAGAAAUAAGUAAUGUUGAAACUAAAAUACACACCGAGAGCCUAAAACUACCCCAUUACGCAUAAGAUGCACAGAUGUCGCCAUGUUUAUGUAUUCCUAGACAUUAAGGACGACGUGACCAUUGUCACGCUGACAUUACCGUCUUAACGCAUAUUAAGUCAAUAUGUCAAAUUAUUUCGACACAUUGAGUAUGCAUAUGGUGAUUAGUGACGCACAAAUAUAUUUUCGCAAUUAUGAUCGAAUGAUUACUGAAGCAUUUUGUUUAUGCACUGUGUUUGUAGCUACACAGACAAAUCACUAGAUGGCGCUGUGAGAAAUAAUGUUAUAACGAGCUUUGACUUACAAGAACUUCAACAUCUUUAGGAACCUUGGGCACACUGACGCCUUCAAUGUUGAUUUGUGUUUUGUCUAGUCUAGAGAAAAUACCAAAGCAUUUAUAUAAAUAGAUUGAGUCCUGCUCUUUCUUAUUGUUUACGAGAUCAAUUGUUGUGUGUUAGCAUUCUAUAUAUACUUUUGUUUUAUUGUUGUCCCAUCUAUGUUAUGAAAUAUAUUUUUCUCCAUUUAUUUUUUUAUUUCUUUAAAAAGAAUACCUCGAGAAUCGAUGCGCACGCUCUUUUCUCUUGUUUAUUUACGGUAGUGGAUGCAUACUUGCAUAAUUUUCAAAUGUUAUAAAUGAAUAAAAACUGGCUAUAUUUAAUGACGUAAUGUCUCGUGACCUAAUUUGAAUUUUAGUAAUUUUAAAACAGCAUAGAUGCGGAAGUAACAUUGUAGCGACACCUACAGUCCUAGAAUCACUGCGGUGAAGCCACACCCUAGCUCGCGAUAUCAGUCUUUCCGACCGCUGAGCAUAUAUUGGCAUUUGAGCUGGAACAGACCAUCCUUUCUCCACAAUAUCAUCAUUUAGAUAACACCGGCGAAGGCCUUUUACCUACUCCCGCAUUCGAGAUUGAAAGAGCCAUUAGUUGUAUAUGCGAAAGUAAUUACUCCCAAGAGAAUAAAGCGAAACGACGCUCGGAUUUAAGCUAGGUGAAAGGCACACAAACUGGGUCGUAGCAAGGACUUAAUGAGAAACUGCUACAGAGACUUAAUAAACCUUACUUUAGUUUUACUCGGAAUCUCCGUUUCUUCGGGUAUAUUACGACACUGACAUAAUCGGUGAAUACCAUAACAUUCAAUGGAGGGUAGGGGGCGGAGUUAUUAGACAAUGAUUAGAAUAUGCCUAAGUAUGUGUUAAUGAAAUAAAGUCGGUGAAACUUCGAAAUUCACGCAAAGGACCUUUCUUAUUUACAAGUCUUUGAGGAAAUAAGUCUCAACCUAUUGUUCAAAGACGGAUUACAUCCAUUACGACUUAAAAGAAAUGGAACUGAAUUUGCUGUUAAAUGUAUUAGUUCUAAGUUAGUCGUACUGUUUGUGUGAUUGAGAAAAUAUACAGAAUGAACUGUU